GAAUGUGAAUAUAGUAGGAGUAAAAGAAUCGAAUCCCUCCUUUUAUCUCGUGAAUCGGCUUAUUAAUGAAUAUGACUAUCAAAUAGAGAAUAUCAACGUUGAAGAUUCAAUUGGUAAUGGAAUUAUUUUAGAUUCCCACAAUCGUCUAUCCGUUGAGAAUAUCAAGUCAAAAAACAAUAGUCAAAAUGGUUUGGUGUUAAUGUCAACUGGCAGAAUGAAAGAUGUUUUCAGUGAUGAUACUACUCCUACAAAGAAUCUAUGCUCUUUAACUUGUAGCUAUUGUACAAAUUUUGUAUAUCCAAUGAUUUUGACAGCUGGCUCUAGAUGUUCAAGGUCAUUUGUAGCGAAAGCAAACCAAGGAGAAGUUUUAGAAGUAGUUGUAUCAGUUAAAGGAACAAUGGAUCAAAUGUUUAUAAAGGACAAUGCCAAUAAAUUUUCAACAAUCCUUCAAGAUUACUUUAGAACAAAAGUAACUGAUGUUCUUAAGUAUAUAUCGUCCAAUGAAAAUAUGGAAUUCAAAUAUGAUACUGGACGGUUUGGAGAGAUCAAAAUUUAUAUCAAUUCAGUGAAGAGAGAAAGUAAAUUACAACAAUUAAAAAAUGGUUUCAUAUCUGAGAAUAGAAAAGAUGGGAUUCAAAUUUUGAAUAAUUACUAUUUGUUAUCUAUUGAUAAUUUUCAAAUAUUAAAUAAUAAUGAAAAAGGCGUCUACGCCUAUUUUCCACCUUCAGAGAUAAUUUUUCAAAAUUGCAGUAUUCAUUCAAACAAUUUCGGAAUUGAAUUUAUUGCUUUAACUGGCGUAAUUAAAACUUUAAAUAGUAGAAUAUUUUCGAAUAAUGUAAAUGGAAUAAAUAUGAGGAAAACUGAUAGAAAUAUUGACACAUUUAUUCAAUUAACUGCCAGUAAUUGUCAAUUUAAAAAUCAUUCGAAUGGAAAUGGAAUUGAAACAACUAAUGACGUUAAUCUAUAUCUUUAUAAUAAUCAAUUUAUAGAUAAUGGUAUUGAUAUUCGGCAAAAUAUACUAGAAUUCAAAACUGACUUCUUAUUGGAUGGUAACCAAUUUCUGAAUAGAAUUAAUGAUGGUAGCGUCUAUAGAAUUGUCUUGUAUGAUGUAUACUAUUUAAACAUUCGUAAUAAUAUUAUUGAUGGUAUAAAAGGUCCUUUUCUCUAUCAUCAUCAUGGUGAUUUUUACUAUGCAGACACUAAUUUCCUUUUCUGGAAUAAUACUAUUGAAAAUUCAAUUAGUGAAAAACCUUUACUACAUUUACAUCUGUUGAGUCGGAAAAGUUCUGUUGAAAUUAUGAAUAAUCAAUUCAAAAAUAAUUCGGGUCUUAUAGAGAGUGUACCGCAAAAUUUUCCAGAUUAUGAAUUAUCAGUUAUUAAAAUUUAUAGUACUAAACCGGUUAAGAUUGUAGAGAAUAUAUUCAAUAAUCCAAAGUUUAGUCGAGAAGUAGCCAUCUCUCCACAUAGAGCUCCACCUAUUGAUUGUACAAAAAAUUUUUGGGGUUCUUCCAAAAAUUUCAUCCAUGAAAGAAUUCUCUCAAAGCAAACGGUUGAUGGUUAUAGAUAUUUCAAUCUGUUUCCUUAUUAUAUCAAUGUAAACAAAACUGAAGAAAGCAGUUCAGUUGUUCAGCUACCAUUUACUGAUGGAAUACUGGGUGGAGAUGUUGUCAAUAAUGGAACAACAGCAACAACGAUUAAAGCUGGAAAAUACAUUUUGAAAAGUAGUCUUAGAAUAACGCAAGGAUCUUGGUUAAGAAUUGAAGAAGGUGUAACAAUUGAUGUUUGGCCUUCAUGCGGUGUUCAAGUAUACGGAAAACUCGAUAUAUUAGGAACACAAGCGGAAAGUAUCAUUUUCAAAACAGUAUCGACAAGUAGUCGUAGCGAUACGAAUUUAACUAUGGAUUUUAAUAAUGAAAUAUCUUAUAAUCAUUUGGGACAAAUUUACCCAAUUUGCGGUGAUGGCAAUAUUCAUAGUUCAACCAGAGCAGCAAUUUGUCUAUCAUUGGGAUAUAGUCCGCAAUAUACGGCUUUAAGAGGAAGCUAUAAAGGUAGUUUUAAGGCAAUUACGCAUACAAAUUGCAAUAGAUUAGAUUUAAGUAAAUGUCACGUGAUCAUGAAAACAUGUUCGUAUCAUUUGAGAAUGCAAUGUCAUCCAAUUAAAUGGAGUGGUAUUGGCUAUUUAAAAAAUUCUCUACCAAGUACAAUUAGUGGAUUUACCUUACAAGAUACGGGAUCGCUCAAAUAUUCCCUAUACAUAGAUUUAUUAAAAGAAAAUCUAACAAACAUUCGAAUUAGAACAAAUACAUUUUUUUCUCUGCAAAUUCUAAACUUUUAUGGAAAUGACGAAUAUCUUCUCGACAAUAUUGACAUUGCCUCUCCAAUUGGUUCAGAUACUAAGUUUUUCAUAAAUCAUAGAGGAAAUUUAAAAAUAACAAAUUCGAAUAUAAUUAAUAAUGGAAUGCAGUUAAGACACGUAAAAAUUGGUAAAAAUGAUUAUGAUUUCAAUAGAGAUGAAAAAGUCAUCUCUGGAGCAAAUUGUCAUCAAUCGUUGUUUGUUGAAGAAGGUCAAUUGUUGAUUUUAUUUUUUGAUGAUUAUGGAUUAUUUGUAAAAUGCCUUUUACAAUUUCAUACCGUCGUUUCGUCGUCUCUCCAAUUUUCAAUUUAUAAGACAAACAGACACGUUAGGACUGAUGAUUGGUUUGUUGAAGAUUAUUUGGGAAAACAUCAACUGAAUGGUGAUAGAUUGGACUAUUUAGUUGAAGAUAAUCAGGCUAACGUUACAGUAAAUCCAAAAUUUCGUUGGUCUGACAGACAAGCUUCUGUCUACAUUCUGAUUGAAAGUAUUCCAAUUGGUCGGCGCCAUUUUAUAAAAAAUUCUCAAUUAUCAAUUAAAUUUGAAAAUGUAUUCUUUAAUUAUGAGGAAACAUUAGCUAUACAUUAUGAAAAUUCAUUCAAACCCAUCAUAACUGAAAUAUCAAUUAACAAUUGCAGUUUUGAAGGAAAAAAAAUUGCAGUGUAUAUUACUUCUAAUGUUUUGCAGAAUACUAAAUUAUUUGUUUAUAAUUCCAAUUUUACUGGUAUGACAAGAGCAGUAAAUUUAUAUAUGGUGAAAUUCCAAGAAUUUCAAACUGAUAUUCACAAAUGUAAUUUCAAUAGAGCGACACCUUUUCAUUUCUUUGUUGGUCUUAUCAACAAUAAAUUGAUGAACAAUUAUUCAGUAUCCUUCCAGGAUAAUGUAGUAUUAUCAAUGAACAGGGAUGCAAUCUUUUGGCGACCAAUUGUAAAUUCAUAUUCAACAAUGAAAGAUGGUUUUGAAAAUAUGAUUACAUCAUCAAUUCUUAUAAAAAACAAUCAUUUUCUGCAAAUGAAUUGUCUUAGAGAAGAAGAAGUUAUUAGUUUAACCAACUUUGGAUAUAUUCAAAUCUUUGGUAAUACAUUCGAAAGUAUCAGAUCCUGUUCAAAAAUUAUUUAUCUUCUUGGUACUGAUGGAGAUAUUGAAAUUUCUAAAAAUAGAUUUCAAGAUAUAACAACAACGACUUCAACAUUAGUUCUUUCGCAUAGUCGCUAUUCUAAAGAAAUUAGUGAUGAUGUGGCCAUAAUAGAUAAUGAUUUUACGAAUAUAAAUUCAAAGGAAAUUGUAAAAUCUUGGUUAAUUGCAAAACGAUUACUUUUGAUAAAAGGAAAUUCGAUUAAAAAUUGUUGGGUUAGUGACAUGUUGGUUAAUUUUUGGGCAUCUGGAAAAUUAUUGAAUGAUGAGGCGAAAUUUUUAGAAAAUAAACUGGUAAACAAUACUGGUGGAUUGUAUAGUUUAUUAUUAGCUGGAGAUUCUUUGCCAAGGAUCUCUAGUAAUAUUUUCAAUAAUCCUCAAUUCAAAUACGAAUUAUAUAAUCUCAUUGAAUGUCCAAUGGGCAGAGUUAACGAAUGUAAUAUUAAUGCUAAAAGUAACUUUUGGGGUACAGCUUAUCCAUACAACAGAAUCUAUUCUAGUGAACAAAACGGCCAUAGAGCCAGAAUGAAUAUUUCGCCAUUCUAUAAAACAAUAGAAAUGGAACAGCUGGAACAAAUUGAAAAACCAAAACUGAAUCCUAAAUCCUUUUCCGGUUUUAUAGAUAAACCAUACGAGGUAAAGGAAAAUCUUAUUCUAACCGGAAAUGUUGUAUUCGACAGGAAUGUAACUAUCCAUCCAGGUGUUGAAAUCACUUUGAGGAAUAGUUUUGAUACAAUAGUAUUUCGGGACAGAGUGGUUGCCAUAGGAACGUUGAAAAAACCAAUUAUCUUUAGUAGCAGACAACAAUUGAAAACGUUGAGAUUGUACAAUAAUUAUUUACAAAUUAAAAAGAAUGAUAAUUGGUUUUAUAUGAAAUUUGCUGAUAAAGCAAGUUUAUGGCAUGAAAAUAGGAUUAUUUGUAGUUAUUUUGGUUAUGAUUAUCAUUUAGGUGUAAAUCAUGGCAAGUCUUAUUCAUCAGUUGCACGCAGUUCAACGAUUGUCAAUUGUGAAAGUUGGAUGGACAAUUUAGAAGAUUGUUUCAAUUCCAGUAGAACAAUAGCAUCAUCAAUUUUACGUUACUUACCAAAAUUUUAUUGUCAUAGAAAAUUGAAUAGAAAUGGAAUAUUUCUAUUCAAUGCAAAACAACAAAGUAUUUUUCAAUAUAUAGAAUUUAAUACAGUUGGAUUGUCGUCCAUUUCCGGUCCUGCUCCAAAAAUGAAAAAUAUCGUAUGGUCGAAUCAAAUAACAGCUUUAACAAUUAUCGAUAGUUACAAUUUAAAAACAUGGGAAGGUAGCCAAUUUAGCGUUAAAGACGCAGAAGAAAAUGGAAUGUAUUUUGGCAAUAGCAAUCACGAAAUGCAUAUUUCUCUAUCAAAAUUUUCAAACGUUAAAAAUGGAAUUGUUUGGAAAGAAUUCAAGGAAACUGAAAUGUUUGAUUGGUUAGAUUCAGAGAUUUUAUUGGAAAGACUAUGGAAUCCAUUUUCAUUCUGUUCAGCUGAAGAAAAGUAUCAGUUGAAAGCUGAUACAAUGGGUUAUUGGUUUAAUCAUCAAUUUAACUCUUUUAAAAAUUAUAUAGGUUGUACAGCAGUAUUCGAAUGUCCUAAGGGUUAUCAAAUUGAAAUUAGAGCAAUCUGUUCAAACUGUUAUGUAAAUCAUGAUGAAAUUUUAAAAGUAUAUGAUUGGCAAAGUUCAGAUUUACUUUCAACUUUCUUCACCAAAGAUAAGAUAUUCAAAUUUUUAUCAGUAAAAAGAACAAUUAAAUUGAUAACUUACUUUUAUACGAAUAGACCGAACAUUUUCAGAAUUAUUGUUCAAGCUGUAAAAGUUCCUGCCCGAUAUUGCGAUUUUGAAGAAUCAUUUUGCACGUGGAAAAACUCACAACUAUCUAUUGGAGAUAAUCCUCUCAAUAAUCCAUUUGUAAGAAUUAUUGGAUAUAAUGCAACAAGUAUACAAGCUAAGAGAGCAGAUGUUGACUUUCCCCAAAGUCAACUUGGCCACUAUCUAGGAUAUUUCACACAAAAAAAUAGGAGAUGCUAUACGUGCACUACACUAGAACAUGAACAAGUUUUGCUAGCUGAUGAAUAUUUCAACCAGAACGAUAAAGUUUGCUUUAUAACUCUAUACGCCUACAUGAUACAGUAUGACAGAGUAAAACAUUUAAAAAUCUACGCUCAAUCCGACAAUAGAACGGAAUUGGUGGAAAGUGUUGCUUGCGGAAGUUCUUGGAAGUUUUACAGAGUAUCUUUAGCCAAGUAUAUUGGUAAAAGAUUCCGAAUUUUAAUAGCAACAAUACUAGAGAGUUCUUGUAUUGGAAUAGUUGGAAUUGAUAGAAUUGUUUACGAAUAUUGUCCAUCGGAAAAAUCCGCAAAUCAAUUGACAAUUACAAAUACAAUAUUUAACAAUUGUACUGUUAAAUGUAUUGAUAUUAUGAACAACGAUCAGGAUAGACACAAUACAAUUUGGUUAGAUAAAAUGUCAUUCAAUCAAAUGACAAACAACGUUGACAAACUAAUUCAAAUUCAUCUUCAAAGCGCUUAUAUUCUACUAAGAAAUUUAAAUAUUCCAUAUUUAAAAGAAACAACGGCAGUUGAUGUGAUUUUUCAUUCAAAAUUCCAUUCAAGAAUUUCCAAUUUAGUUUUCACUCAGAAUUCAAUAAUGGAAAGUGAAAAUUCAAUAAUAUUGACUGCAAUUAAUAAAGGAGUUAACAAGGCUACUGCACUGGUUCAAAAAUGUUCUAUUGAAAACAAUUCUGGGUCAAAACGUCUCUUUAUUCUCGAAAAUUUCCAAUCAAAUUUUACAAGAAAUUUCCUUUAUAAAAAUCUAUUGGAAAAUGAAUUACUUAGUUUAAAAAAUUGUAAACUCUUACCAGUUUUCAUUACGUCAUGUUCAUUCUAUUAUAACAUAGCUAGAGAUACUACUGUUGGUAUUGUUCAUGCAAUCGAAUCGUAUUCAAUCGAUAUUCAACAAAGUAUCUUCUAUAAUCCAAAUACAGAUUAUGAUUUUUCAAUUUCAACUGCAAAAGAUGAUUUAAUCUUUGGAGAUCUUGGUAAUAAUUGGUGGAAUACUGCAAUUACAUCAAAUGUUUUAAAAAGAAUUUUAGAUGGUCGAAUUAUAAAUAAUGUUGCAAUUAUGAAUGUUUUACCAUUGCUACAAUCGGAACCAAAGGAAAUUUCAACAUCUAAAACGUGUCCAGUAGCUUGGAAAUUCAUUUCCAGUGGUUGUUUUUACAUACAUUUUGGAGCUGGUUCAAUUAGACAAGCCAACGAUCAUUGUAAAUCUAAUACAGCCUAUCUCCUAUCUGACAACUACUUGAAAUCUUCUUCCAGUUUGCUUAAUGAACUUUUAUAUACAGAUUUGGAUGGUAAAGAAAAAAUCAGUGAUAUUUGGACAAGAGACUCGAUUCCCCUUGAUAAUGAGGUUAGACCUUGGAUUUGUCGUAAAGGCACAUUUGGUAUUUGUCCAAAUAAUUGUAGGGGAAGGGGAAUCUGUAGUGGAACAAUAUGUAUUUGUAAUUCGGGAUGGGAAGGUACCGAUUGUUCUAUAUUCAAUUGUAAUCAUGUUUCCAACUGUUCGGCUGUGAUAGCGAGAGGUUCAUGCAUUGGACCAAACACUUGUAAAUGCAAUGAUGGAUGGAGAGGCGAUAAUUGUGCGAUUUCCUCUUGUUCAAGGUACUUUUCUUGCGAUCAAUGUACACUGAAAAAGGGUUGCGGUUGGUGUGAUUCAACUCAAAAAUGCUUACCCGGAAAUGAAUAUAAACCAUACUUUUCCUGUCCUAAUUGGUUUUAUAGAAAUUGUAUAUCAAUCUCGAACAAAAAUUGUUCAAGGGAGAUUGAAAUUGUUGCCUGUAAUGAUACAAUUUGUAAAAAUCCUUCAAAGGAUACAAAAGGUGUUUGUCAAGAGUGCAACGAUCUUAAAUAUUGCUUUGAUAACGAACAAUCUGGUUGCGCAACCUGGAAUGAGACAAGAUGUAAGGGAGGGGUUCCCCAGCCGGAUCUGUCUCGAAUAGAGAGACAAGAUUUUUACGAAUUGAAGGAUAAUGUUAUCAAGAUACCACCGACCACAAAGAUAUUUAGAUGUUUUACAAAGGAGAAACUGUCGAAUGAAGAUGACACUGAAGAAGAUUACGAAAUUCUUCUUAUUCCAACUUAUCAAAGAUUGUUGAGUAGUGGACAAAUUAUAUUGAGUACUCAGGCAAGAGGAAUAAUGCAUAGAGUGCUUAAAGUAUGGAGAACAUCUGCAAAAUAUUUAGGAAUUUUAGUAAAAUUCGCCAAUCCUCUAGAUAUUUUUAAAUACGCUCAUAGCCGUUUCGAAUCGAAUGAUAACAUCAUACAAAAUCCAAAAUCAAUAGAUAAUUCUCCAACGGAAGAGGAAAUGGAUGAAUUUCUCCAAUCAAAUCAAACAUAUCUGGAAUUAGAUUCAAUGACAAACAUUCUGAAAUGUACAGGUGAUGAAUACAAAUAUAAUGAAGAAACAAUUUGGUCCUAUAAUAUCCUGACUAAAUCCACUAAUCCCAGUCUUGUGAAAGAUCAAUUGCUAUUGGUCAGUAAACCGCAAGGAUAUUUAGAACAAGUUACAAAGUUUAGAAGGAGUGACGCUGAUGUUUUUAUCGAAACUAAAUUGUACGAAUGCUCUCAAGGACUAAGCACAAAUGAUGUAAAUCGUUUAGAUUCUAUAAUUGAUAUUGAACCAGAAAUGGAAUGCGAUACUGGUGAUAGUAUGAACGGUCUACAUUAUAAACAAAGGGAUAAUUUUAAGAAAGUAUUAACAAUUGGAGAUUUAGUUGUUGGAAGAAGUGCUCUACCAUCUUUAGGUUUUGUAUUAGAAUUGAAAUCAUUAAGGAAUGGUUGGAGGCAAAUUGAAGUUUUAGAUCUUGGAUCAAUAUCGGCCAAUUUAAAUUCGUUCGACUACAAUAGAUCCAAUUUAACAAAAGUUGUUAGAAAGAAAAGAUCAAUGUUCACAAAGGGAUUAAGUAAGAGAUUAUCUUCCGGUUUCUCUAUAAGUGUUAAAGGAGGCGGAGGAAGUGUUCAAGUAUCUGGAAAAUUAAGUCUAUCAGCCGCAAUAAAUUUCGAAUUGAAGAUAUCUCAUCAAGAUUUUGCUGUUGAGAGGGCAAAACUCACUGCAGAUGGACGAUUUACAAUUAACAGCAACAUUCAAGCAUCGUUUAACGGAGAGUAUACCAGUUCUUUGUAUGAGAAAGUUUCAACAAUAAUUCGAAGAAGGAAUAUACCAAUAUCUAUUCCAAUUUAUUUGAUACCUGUACCUGGAAAAAUAGGAAUAGGACCUUUCAAAGUUGGUCCAGUCACUGGUAGCGUUGCGGCUAAAGCAGAUUUUUCAGGAAAUACCAACAACUAUAUAGGAUAUAACGCAGGCGUGCGUUAUAAUCGAGGAUUAGGUGCUAAUAAAAUUGGUAGAGGAGCUUAUAAAGGUUCAGGAGGAGGUGGUCUUGGUGGAAGUUGGUCAGCAGCUACCUCUAUCACUGUAGGAACAUCGGGAGCUGUAAAAUUUACCUGGCCUAGUGUAGGCUUAGGUGAAAAAUUGAAUUUAAUUCGAAAGAUUUAUAAAAAGAUCAAAGGAAAUAGGGGAAGAAGAAGAAGAAGAAGAGGAAUUGUCAAAUCAUUAUUAGGGAAACUGCAAAAAACAAAAUUUGAUUUUAAAUUCAAAUUAUCUUUGGAAAGUUCAAUUGAAUUGCAAUUAAAUCAAGAUAUCGUAUUUCGUCUAGGAUUUUGUGAUACUACUCAUUGCACUGAUCCAGAUACUCCAAAUAGUGCUGGUGUUUACUUUGGAAAUUCAAAUCUAAUUGGAACUUAUAGUCUUCUUUUUAUUCAACUUUCAUCAAACACACCAAUUUCAACUGGUUUAUCUCCAAUUUUCAAACACUGUUUCAGCCUACCAAAGGAUUGGAAGAUUUCGCAAAAGUGUUGUAUUUGUAAAAAGGAGAAUGGAAAAUAUGGAAUGGGUAUUCCUUCUGAAAAAUAUAAAGCUUGCUUAUGUCCUUGCAUCUGCAAAGGAGAGAAGAAAGAAAGCAGUUGGAAGUUGCCUGAUAAAGAGUGCUCUUGUUGCCAGGAUGGAUCUAGGAAACCAUUGGAUAAACCAGAUUUUAAGUGUCCUUGCAAAUGUCCUGAUAAAAGUGAAUCGAUAAUGGAAAAAGAUGGCUGCAAGUGUCCAAAAUGUGAUAAAUGUCCUGAUGGAUCAAUUGUUUCUCGAGCACCUGAUGGAUCUUGUCCUUGUAAGAACAACUGUGGUGUCAACUCCGUAUGUACGCCUCAAAGAAAGGGGCGUAAUUGUGAUCAACCAUUCUGUCCACCUGAUAACACUUGUAGUGGUAGAGGCGUAUGUAAAGCAUCUGGAAAGUGUGGAGCAAGCUGCAUUUGUAAUAGACGCUUUACAGGACAGUCUUGUGAAAGAAUGUUACCCAGAGCUAUGUGGGGAGAUCCUCACUUGGAAACAUUUGAUGGUAGAUCAUUUGAUUACUUUGGUAUUGGACAAUUUUGGGGAUGUAAAUCCAGAUCUUUGGCAUACCAAUAUAGAUUUUUUGGAUACAAAGGAACAUCAUUCAUAGGUCAAAUGGCUAUAAAAGUUGGUCAGAUAUCAGUGUUAACUAUAACAACCAAUGGAAAAAGUUCACCAAAUGAUUUACCAACUUUAAGGUUAGAUGGAAAUAUUCAAAUCGAUUUGGAAAAUGAUAAGAAUCUAUUGUUCGAUAAUGAAACAAUUCGUAUGGAUAUAUCAUCUACUUUGAAAUCCAAUGGUGAUGAUAAUCCAACUGUUCUAUUAGUAUCAAUUAACUAUGCCCAUGGUGAAUCCCUGCUUGUUGCAGCAUCAUUUAGUCCUAAAAUGAAACGUCAAUAUUUAAGUGUAACAGUUGGUCCUAUUGUAAAACUUUUCAAUAGAACAUCUGGUUUAUGCGGUUUUAUGAAUGAUGAUCCUUCCGAUGAUUUAAUGGGACCGGAUGGUACAAAUUAUACAUCUUUUAUCGAAUUUACAGAAUCAUGGAGGAUACCAUUGACUAUAAGAGAUGAUGGAGGUUUAGCCAAUUCAUGGUCCAGUUCAUUAUCCAAUUUUCACAAAGACGAUUCUAUAGAUCAAUCUUACAACGAUCCUACUCACAAACCACUCUAUUCUAUUAAAGAUUUUCCCAAAGAACGAGUAACUAAAGCAAAAGAGAUUUGUUCAAUUGGAAAAAGCAGUCAAAUUGUACAAGAUCAAUGUAUUACUGAUAUUGUUAUGACUAAUGAUGAAAGUUUAGGUAAACAAAUUAGUUUACAAUCGACACUUUGCCCAAAUCAAUGUUCUCAUAGAGGAAAUUGUGUAAAUGGAACUUGUAUUUGUAUUAAAGAUUGGUCUGGAUUGAGCUGUGAUUAUGGAAAGUGUGGAAAAUGUGAUAAUGGCAAUUGUUUAGAUGGAUUUUGUAAAUGCGAACCUGGAUUUAUAGGAAGUUCUUGCAAUGAGACUGCAGAAUGCAAAGGAAACUGCUCAUCAAAUGGUAAAUGUAUUGACACGAAUGUUUGCAAAUGUAACGAUGGUUGGAUAUCGGCCAAUUGUUCAGAGGAAGCUAUAUGCAAUGAAGGAUGCUCAAAUAGAGGAGUCUGCAUCGAUCACAAUGUUUGUAAAUGUAAUAUUGGCUUUGGUGGAAAGAAUUGUUCAAUCUACACUUGUGAAAAUUGGAAUAAAUGCUCUGGAAAUGGUUUGUGUGUUGAGCCUGGAAAUUGUGCUUGCUUUAAAGGUUGGAAAGGUUUGUCAUGUUCACAACCAAUUUGUAGAGAUGAUUGUUCCUCCAAUGGAGAGUGUAUUCAGCCUGAUGUUUGCAAAUGUUACAAAGGGUUUGUGGGUGAUUUUUGCAGUGAAGUAAUAGCUUGUCCAAAGCAGAAUAACUGUUAUGGAAAUGGAAUUUGUAUUGGAGAUGAUCAGUGUACUUGUGACAUUGGUUAUAAAUCUGAAAAUUGCUCACAACCAGUGUGUGAUAACAGCUGUGAACCAAAUGGAGUUUGUGAUUCACCGAAUAGAUGCAAAUGUAAAAAUGGCUUUGCAGGAGAUGAUUGUUCAUUAUUCUCAUGUGAGAAAUUGUCAUUUUGUUCAGGUCAUGGCAAAUGCCAACAAUUUGAUAAUUGUUUGUGCGAUGAAAACUGGUAUGGAGAUUCUUGUAAUAUUCCAGGUUGUAGCGGCGUUGCGGAUUGUUCAAAGAAUGGUCAGUGUAUAGGAGCAAAUCAAUGCCAAUGUGAAAAGGGUUUUGAAGGAGAAAAUUGCUCUCUAAAAAUUCAAUUAAAUUUGGCAAAGCCAAUAUUUCUCAUAUCCAAUUACUCAUCAGUUGUCUCAGAGUAUAUUGAAGAGGGAGAACUGCUUUUUAUUGUUGAAGCUAAUGAUACAGAUAGUGGACAAGCUGGAAUAGUAUAUUAUGCACUCAAUUCAUCUCCAAUACCAGUAGAUAUUGAUAGUAUAAAUGGAAGAAUUACUGCAAGAGGACCAAUUAAACCUGGAGAAUAUGAAUUGAAAAUUGAUGCAAUUGAUAAUGGAUUACCAGCAUUUACAACAACAGCAAUUUUAAGCCUUUCAGUAAUUGAUAUAAAUGAAUGUGCAACCAUUGAAAAGCCAGUGGAUCAAUCAAUUAAAUCAGAUAUUCCUAUAGGUUCGCUUAUCUACCAAAUAACUGCUACAGAUAACGAUCUUGGCUUAAAUUCCGAGUUGAUCUAUGACUUUUCCAUAAGUGGAUAUAGUACUCAGGAAGUUGGUAUUUCAAUAGAAAAUGGAACAAAUAAAAUAGUAUCUGUGAAAUCACCAUUAAAUACUGGAAAAUAUGAAAUAAUUAUAAGUGUUUAUGAUAAAUCUGAUAAUCCAUGUACAUCAACAAGUAAGGUUACAGUGCUGAUUUUUCCACCUGAAAUGAACACUACAGGUUUACAAGUUAAACAAAUUAUUGGAGAAGGUGAUGAUCAACUAACAACAAUUGGAAAUGAUAAUUUUAAAACUACAGAAAUUUCUUCAACCAAAAGCAUUACAACUACAAAACAACAGGAAGUAGAGUUGUCUACAAGUUCAAUGACAAAUGAUAUAACAUUUCAGACCAAAGAAGAAAUGGAAUUAUCAACAACUUCAAAGCCAAUAAAUGGUGAUUUAAAAACAACCAAAAUUUUGAAGGAACAAUCUACAAAAUGGAAUGAAGAUAAGGAGACAACUGCACCAAGUGGCGAAACAGAGCAGUAUUCAACUGAAAAUUCUUUUGAAGGAAUAUCAACUAGUACUAAAUACGAGAAGGUAACUGUUUCUGAUGAAGAAAGGAAAUUUCUAAAAAAACAAAUUAAUGACUUGGAAGAUGAAGUUUACACUUAUAAAACUCUUAUGACAGCUUUUGCAGUUGGUUUUAUUGUUACAGGUAUCUGUUUGGUAUUAUUCAUGAUAUACGUAUUUUGUAAACGAUAGAUUUCAUCUUAUCUUUAAAGUCACUAUAAGUAGAUAGUUUAACCGGAAAAUUAAUACAUUUUUAUAUACAAAAGAGU